GCUGAUGCUAGGCGGCUGCCCGUGAUAGAUCUCCCUCGCCGUGUCGGCCGCCACGACCUCGGUCUGCGUCAGCCUUGACUACGGCAAGAACACUUACGACAUGAAUCCCGCCAAUCUUCCCAAGAUGCCCUUCAUCGCCGUCUUCGCCGGCUUCUUUUCCGUCCUUGCCGCUGUCUGGAGCAAGACCUCGUUCGCCGUGACUCUGCUCCGUCUGUUCCAGGGCUGGCUGAGGGCCGUCAUCUGGUUCAUCAUCAUCACCCUCAACCUCAUCAUGGGCACCGCUAUGUUGUUCAUGUGGAUCAAGUGCCACCCCUUCGCCAAGAUCUGGGAUAGCACCAUAGACGGCUGGUGCAUCGACCCAAACAAAAUUGUCGUGCUGUAUCAGUGGUCGGCUGGCUGGUCUGGCUCCGCUGAUGUGAUCCUCGCGCUGCUGCCCUGGACCUUCCUCAUCAACAUGCGCCAAACACUGAACAGGAGAGAACGAGUGGGCGUCGCCGCAGCCAUGAGCAUGGGCGUCGUCGCUGGUGUUGCCUCUUUCAUCAAGAUGGCCAAGCUGCCUCAGCUCAACGGACAAGCAUCCGACACGGUCGCCGUCACGCUUUGGGGCGGCGCAGAGGGAGCCAUCACCAUCAUGGCCGCCUCUAUCCCCGUUCUCCGGGCCCUCAUCCGGGGCGACAAGGACCGUCCUGCCGCCGCCCAGUUCAACACAAUCGACGAGCGCCGUCUGGACACGACAAGCCUCGACACCCUUUCCCCCUCGCGGAAAGCCAACAGGGGUGCGGAUGGUUAUGUGGUUCACAGCGCCUAGCGACGUGUCACGGCAUUCUAUUGGCGUUUAUAGCUUGCUUUUCGAGUAAAUUUGUUGCAUUCGAGUAAUUUUUGACCGUGCCAUAACAUUCAGUGAAACAAUGCGCC